CCACCCCAAUCCACCUCUCACACACACAAAGUCUUCUUAUUAGCAUUCUCACCUUCUCUCUUUCUUCACUCAUUUCCUCCCAAAAACAAACUUUCUCUCUCUAAAAAAACAAAUAAACAUGGUUUCUCCUUCAGUUGAUCAAUCUCUUACUCUAGGAUUAGGAUUUUCAUCAAGUACAAAAAUAUCAUAUGACAGUAAUAUUAGGAAUAAUAAUAAUAAUCAUCCAGUGAAUUCGAAACAAGCGCAGAUGAUGGGGAAUGAUUAUGAGCCAUCUUUGACGCUGAGUUUAUCAGGUGAAACAUAUCAGACGGUUGAUAAGAAAGUAUUUGUUGAUCAUCAUCAUCAAGAGACUACUCCUCCAUGCAGUGUUAGCGUGGCUUCUUCUCUCUCUAAUGUUGUAUCAGUAAAGAGAGAGAGGGAGACUGCUAGUUCUGAUGAUUUGGAACUUGAAAGAGGAUCUUCUAGAAUUAGUGAUGAAGAAGAAGAAGAUGGUUGUGGUCCCACUAAUACUCCUAGGAAAAAACUUCGUCUUACUAAAGACCAAUCUGCUCUUCUUGAAGAAAGCUUUAAGCAACAGAGUACUCUCAACCCGAAGCAAAAACAGGCGUUAGCUGACCGACUAAACCUGCGACCACGCCAAGUCGAGGUCUGGUUCCAGAAUCGGAGAGCGAGGACGAAACUGAAGCAGACAGAAGUAGACUGCGAGUAUCUGAAAAAAUGUUGUGAAACACUGACGGAUGAAAACAGGAGGCUUCAGAAGGAACUACAAGAACUGAAAGCGUUAAAAAUGGGACAGCCCUUUUACAUGCAUUUACCAGCUGCAACUCUGACGAUGUGCCCUUCGUGUGAAAGAAUUGGCGCCGGUGUUCCUAUUCCUGGGGCGCCUACUCAUUCUAGUACACCUGCUUCCAAAACUCCCUUUACUUUGGGUCCUAGUAAAUCCCAUUUUUACCCUCCACAACAAAUCCGUCCCUUGCUCGUUGAUUAGUAGUAAAACAGUCUAAAAAAAAACAAUAUUAUAUAUAUAUAUAUUAAGGUUUAGUUUAUAGUAAAAGUAUAUCUUUAACUUUUAUGUUACAGAAAAUUACCAAAUAGAAGUAUUGAUUAGUAGAACACAGAAGCCUGCCUUGGACCGAUCUUUUUCUCGGUUCUGGUUUAUAAUUUUGUUUGUUUAUUUUAUUUCUUUGGAGUUAAUUUUUUUUAUUUUGGAGAUAGGAAAAAGAAAAAAAAAAAGAGAAAGAAGGUUCAGUGUAAAUAUUUUUGUUUUUUUUAGAUAUAGAAAUUACAGAUCCAGGUGUUGGUCUUUUCGUAUUUAUCUUUGUAAAUACUCUUUGAUGAAGGUAAUAUAUCCAUGUCAGGAAAUUAGUAUUA